CAGCCCCCGCCCGACUGCCCGCAGCCCGAGCCGGCGUUCGGCGAGGCGCAGAAGUGGAUCGAGCAAGUGACUGGCAGAAGUUUUGGUGAGAAGGACUUUCGUUCUGGAUUAGAAAACGGCAUUCUUCUGUGUGAGUUGCUGAAUGCUAUAAAGCCAGGAUUGGUCAAAAAGAUCAAUAGACUACCAACCCCCAUUGCAGGUUUGGAUAAUAUCAUCUUAUUCUUAAGAGGCUGCAAAGAGCUGGGACUUAAGGAAUCUCAGCUGUUUGAUCCUGGUGACCUGCAGGACACCUCAAACAGAGUAGCUGUCAAGAACAUUGACUGUAGUAGGAAGCUGAAAAAUGUAUUAGUCACCAUUUAUUGGCUAGGAAAAGCAGCAAACAGCUGCACAUCAUAUAGUGGAUCAACCCUGAACCUGAAGGAGUUUGAAGGUUUACUGGCACAAAUGAGAAAGGAAACAGAGGAUAUUGAGAGCCCAAAGCGCAGCAUUCGCGACAGCGGCUACAUAGACUGCUGGGACUCGGAGCGCAGUGAUUCCCUCUCCCCCCCGCGCCACGGAAGAGAUGAUUCCUUUGACAGUCUGGACUCCUUUGGCUCCCGCUCACAGCAGACACCAUCCCCAGAUGUAGUGCUCAGGGGAAGCAGUGAUGGGAGAGGAAGUGACUCAGAAACUGACCUGCCACACAGAAAGAUGCCAGAUGUGAAAAAAGAUGAUAUGUUGGCGAGGCGGACCUCACACGGUGAACCUAAAUCAGCUGUGCCUUUUAACCAGUACCUCCCAAACAAGAGCAAUCAGACUUUCUAUGUACCUGCUCCACUUCGGAAAAAGAAAGCUGAACGAGAAGAGUAUCGAAAGAGCUGGAGCACUGCAACUUCACCACUUGGAGACAGACCUUUCAGCAAACCUGAAACCAUAGAAGAAGAACAAAGUGAAACAUCAGGACUGUGUGAAAAGGAGAAAAUGGGCUCCAUGGCUCCUGAGGAAAGCCCUGUUAAAAUACAAGCAGAUUUGAAUCAAAAUGAAGCAAAUUCCAUAGACCAGUCUCCUUCAUGUAGUGUAAAAGAAACAACAUCACUCAAGGGAAAAGAUGAAGCAGAGAUCAGAAAAUUAAGAAGACUUGAACAAGCUGGCAUUAAGGUCAUGUCAGCUGCCCAGCGCUAUGGCAGUAAAAAGCAAACAAGUGAAGACAACGGAAGCACCCCAGACAUCAUCCUUCGCAGGGAAAACCCCUUCAUGACACGUUAUCAAGGGAAGGAUUCUGGUUCAGAAGAUGAAGCAGCAAGCAAAGUUCCUGAUUUAGAAAAGGAUGACUUUGCCACUCGGAGAGCCAGGAUGAAUCAACCCAAACAUGUAGUUCCAUUUAACUCCUUUAUAAUUGGACCCUACACACAGAAAGAUAAAAGUAAACUGGAAGACAAUAAAAAGCCGUUGAAGGUGGAAAAGCAGGAACGUGCAAGAGGAAGCCAGGUGCACAUGGCAUCAGCAAGACAAACAGUGACAUGCAAAGAGAACCCACCUCUGCAGACUGAGAAGAAUAAGUCAGAGGAGGAAGAACAGGUGAAAGUAGUUGAUGCUGAGAGAGAUGAUUUGGCUAAACGGAAAUCUCAGUGUGUCUUUCCUCAGCUACAAGAAGAUACGAUUUUUGUGAAUGCCUCUAUAACAAAAGCAGAUCUGGAGACAUGGAAAAGAUUGAAACUGUCAGGAGAGCCCAGUGAAGAAGAUUGCAAAUGUCCCAGUGACACUCCACCAGCAGCUGAAGUCACAGUGGAAGCAGCAGUCCAGGAUGAUUUUGCUGUCCGCAAAGCCAGAGCAAACAGAAAGGCUGGUAGCCUCAAGCAGAAAUUUGUGCAUUUUGGGCCAGUAACUGAAAUUGAUCAGCAGAAGUGGGACAAGCUCAGCAUCGGCAGAGCUUCACGCAGGUGUGAAGCAGAAGAAGAAAGCGGGAAAGACAGAGUGAAGGUUCACUCGGAUGUUGAAAGCUCUCUUCCAACCACUUCUGGCAGUCUCCAGUUUGCUGAGCACAGUGAUGCAGUAUCUAAGCCACAGAAUGAGCCCAGUGAAGUAGCGCAGCCAGGUACAGAUGAACAUUACAGGAGCAUGCCAUCACCUGUUGCUACUACUGAUGUCAUCUCUGAGAAACAAGCCCUGUGCAGCUCAAACAAACAGCAAGAAAGCACCAAAGAAGACAGCAGUGCACAUUUACCAGACAUUGAGAGAGACGAUAUGUUGGUUAGAAGGAUGGGGACCUUUCAGAGACGCACAACUAGCACUGUUCCAAUACAUUGUCCUCCUCUGUCAGUAGCUCAGGAGAAGGAUUUGAAGACUCCAUGGGAAGCAGAGAGUACUGUAACGCAAGAAGAGAGCCAAGAACAGCUUGAAAUCCCUCCUCAGCAGAGUGAUGGAACAGAAAACAAAGUGAAGUUUCCAGAUCCGCAAAGAGAUGACAUGUUGGCCAGAAGAACUGGAGCUUUUCUAAAACAGCCGGGGCCAAGUGUUAAGCAGUUCCUUCCCAUGCCAUUUUCAAAGCAGCAGAAUAAACAGGGCACAGCUAGAGAACUUGAAAAGAAAACUGUGAGGCCUGAACAAUGUCCACAAGUCUGCAUUACUAGCUCUGGAAAACCUGUAAUUCUACCUCAGCAAGAGCAGCAGCAAGGGCAGGAAAGAUGCAGUCUCCCUUCUGCAGGACAAGAAGAUACUGUGUGCACUGCCCAAGUGGGUGAUCAUAUCCUUAAUGAAGUCCACCUUGAUCAAACAUCUAAGCUUCAGGUGGUUCCUGAGGAAAACAGAACUGAAACAUUGUCAUCCAAGGAUGAGCAUCUGCAAACAUUCGGCCCCAGAACUGCUGUGUCUGAUGACGCAGAGAGCGUGAGCAUGUUUGACAUGAGAAGUGAGGAAGAAGCCAUGGCUCAGCCUCACAGCAAAGCUCGCCAUGAAAAGCUGCAGAAUAUACACAACCAGCUGAAGGAGGAUGAGACCAGGUGGCAAGAUGACUUGGCUAGGUGGAAGAGUCGUCGAAGGAGUGCUUCCCAGGAUUUAAUUAAAAAAGAAGCUGAGAGAAAGAAAAUGGAAAGAUUAUUGUCUGGAGAGGGAACAAAUGAGCGCAGAAAAAGCAUCAAAACCUACCGAGAAAUUGUGGAAGAGAAAGAGAGAAGAGAACGGGAGCUUCAUGAGGCGUACAAGAACGCAAAGACCCAGGAGGAGGCUGAGAGCAUUCUCCAGCAGUACAUCGAGAGAUUCACCAUUAGUGAAGCUGUCCUUGAGCGUUUGCAGAUGCCAAAAAUCCUGGAAAGAAGCCAUUCAGUGGAGCCAGAUUCCCCACUGAAAGACCCAAAUCCUCUGAGAUACUUAAGGCAACAAUCGCUGCCUGCUCCAAAAUUCACUGCCACCAUUGAAGCAACCAUUGUUCCCACCACUGAUCUAGAGCCCAGUGCUUCGACAGGCCGCACGUCUCCCAGCAAAAGUGUUGUCUCCAAGGCUGUGCCUAUGCUGACACCCAAGCCUUACUCUCAACCCAAAAAUACACAGGAAGUUUUAAAGAACUUUAAGGUAGAUGGAAAAGUCAGCAUGAAUGGAGAGAAUUUCAACGGCGUUGAAGAGAAGGAUAAAGAGUGUACAACAGUAAUAUUUACUCAAUCGCCAAGCAGAUCUCUGAAAUUUGACGGAGUAGCCAGCGGGGACAGGCCCCCCAUGGAGUUGAAGAAGGACCCCACAAGUGUUGAGCUCAGUUUACAGAGGCCUGCCACUCAGAGUGUGCACAGAGAGCCAACAACCUUGCUGGGGGAAGCGGAUCCGGCCACCAGCCAGCAGGCAGAAGGCAGCCCUGGAGCAGUGGGACACAGGAGCCCAGCAGAGCUGUCCCCAGGUUCAGAACAAAAGCAAUUCAAGUCAACUGUAGUUUGUGCCAGCCCUGUUGUGAAGAGCUUAGAAUUUUCUCCUAGUCCUGUCCCUCCUGAGGAAACUGCUCCAUGUGAGAAAGAUGUGAAGAAACCCGAAGUGGAGAAGCAGAAGAAGGCAGCGCUCCCUGCUGUGCAGGAGGUAAUGAAACCGAAUGCCCUAGAACAAGAAGGGAGUGUAGUAUUGCCAUUUUUGAAGAAAUUGCCAGAGACCAGCCAGGUCACUCUGCAUAAUUCUGAUCUGCAAGAGCCGCCCCGCGGGGUCACAGUUCCGCUCAGGGUGCGGAAUGACUGGCGGCGCUCCCGGUUUUUCUCACAGCCAGCUGAUCCUGGCAGUAGUGACAAAUCAAAUCGUUUCAAUUUCUGGUCCUGGGACCCAGAAGAAGAGCGGAAGCGGCAGGAGAGGUGGCAGCACGAGCAAGAACGCCUACUUCAGGAGAAGUAUCAGAAGGAGCAAGACAAACUGAAGGAGGAAUGGGAAAAGGCACAGAGAGAAGUUGAAGAGGAGGAGCGUAGAUACUACGAGGAGGAACGUAAGAUAAUCGAGGAUACUGUAGUUCCAUUCAUUGUUUCUUCAAAUUCUGCAGAACUCCUAUCCUCUUCUUCCUCUACCACUGAAGGAAAUAAAACAGCGAACACAAGUGAUUCAAAUGGCUCUCCAGAGGAAGGCAAACCAAAAGAAGUUACAAGGCAGAAAAAGCUGCUUUGGGAACAGGACAGUAUGCCAUCUCUGAAAAACAAGGAAAAUGAACGCUGGCAAGAAAAGAGGAGCAGUGGAAAUAAGGUGCUCUCAGGACUCCCAGAGAUGGGUAUCUUGAAAGGAGGUGACCAGGAGCACCAGGUGCCAGUGAUGGAGCGCUGCUCGCCUGCCCAGUUGAAUCUGCCACUGGCUCAGGAUGUCCCAUGGAACCAGCAGCUGCUGACGAAGCAGUCCCUGCACCGCGCAGAAGACGCCCGGCAGAGACCACUUCAGGGGCAGAGUGCAGGGCAGCAGCCAACCUCCACAGGGGAAGGGAGGAGGGCAGGCUGUCAUGAGAACUUUCGAUCCGGGCCUUCGUCUCCAUGCUCACCUGCUGCACCAAGUCAGUCACCCAACAGGUACAAAAGGUCUGUCAGUGGAAAGAAGCUUUGUUCCACCUGUGGGCUUCCUCUUGGCAAGGGAGCUGCCAUGAUUAUUGAAACGCUUGGUCUUUAUUUCCAUAUUCAGUGUUUCAGGUGUGGCAUUUGCAAGGGACAGCUGGGAGAUGCAGCAAGUGGGACAGAUGUCAGGAUUAGAAAUGGUCUUCUGAACUGCAAUGAUUGUUACAUUCGAUCCAGAACUGCUGGACAGCCAACUACAUUGUGACAUGACUUUCAGUGCUAGUAACUUUCAAGGAGGAACUCUCUUCUCACAUGUAUCGGCUGCCUCCAGACAAUCAUUUGUAAGAGCUUGAAUUCAUGGACAUAGUGGCUCUCAUCUCAUUUUGAAAAGCUCAUACAAGUGCUGCACCUGCUCCUUUAAAAUGCAAUAUGUUGGUUUUCCCUUUCUUAAGAAAUUUGCAGAGUAUGUAUGACCAUAUUUGUUAAGGCAAAGCCUAAGUACUAUAACAACAAAAACAAAUCCCACCUUUUCAGGUAUGUUUAUGAUUUUCAGUCUGUUACUUUGUUCUCCUGAAAGUAAUAAGAAAAUAAACAUGCAAUAAAGCUGUUUUGUGUUAACAUUUCUAGGAAUUAAAAUUUUGAGUUUACAGAGCCUUUAUAGAAUAUGCCAAGUUGAGAUGAGAAGUAAUUUUAAGAUAGCCUCUAAUCAUUGCAUUUGAAAAACUAAGCAUCACAGCACAUGACUGCUCUGUUAUAACUGAAGCUAUAACUUUUUUUAUACAGAGACUAGUUUGAUAAUACAUCCUGUAAUUCUGAGACGUUUUGUGUUUAUAUUACCUUCGGCGGAGGGUAGGAGUUAUACAAAUAAAUUAUUGCACCUUUAGCAAUAGGAUUUUUUGUUUGUGUACCUCAAGUAAUGUUCAUGACUAUAGCUUGAUAUUCUCUCAAAUAAAGAGUUCUUCAUUAAACCUAAAGACUGUAUACCGUUAACGACUGCAUGGUUCCCAUCAGGAGCAGUCCUCCUCAGCAGGUUCAGAAGCCAGUGUUGUUACGAGGUUUAAGGAUGGGGUGAUUCAGGGAGAGGCUGCGGCGUGGGUGGACGCAAUGCCUUGUGAGUCUGUGAGCUGCAGAGCGAUGGUUACAGUGAAGCUUUCCCGGUUGUGCAGCAUCCCGCUGAGGGGCUGAGUUGUUCUGAGGUCUGCUGUUCCACUUGCAAACACUGUGCAUGGUUGAAAUCUCAUGGGGAGAAAUGUGUUUGGCCCUCUCCAGAGUUCUCCCAUUAGUUCAGCACUGAAUUACACAGCUGUGAAGCUCUGUUUUCCAUCCUCCCAGACAAAAUGAGCAAAACCGACAAGCAUGGAACACGGGCACGGAUGCUGAUAGCGACAGGCAGUGGCUUGCUCCAGUGUUUAUGCUUUUCGGUGAAGUGUGUGCUCCUUGUGAAGAGUUCCUGCAGCUUGUGGAAACAGCAGCUAGAGCUGUGUGAGCUUGUCAGAACACACAGAUGAGUUUAGGUGAUGUGGUACAGCUGUAAAAUACAAAGGAAAUGGUUAUUUGCAGUAUCCCAUUUUAGCUGUUUGCAAUGCAACUUAAAUGGAGGGAAAAACAUCAACUUAUUUUGCCUUAGAACCGUGAUUAAGUUAUAGAGAUUUAUGUAUGUGCUCAUCCAUUUUCUUUUGAUUUGCUGGGAAACGGAAAUCAAGUUGUUAUUAGGACAGCAAUAAUUUGGGGUUGUAACAUAGCUGACAACGAUUUGUUUAAACAAAGGCAACUGCUUGCAUGUGAGCUGCACACCGAUUGAGAACUGCACGUCACUGCCAACACAUGGGCAGUGCUGUCAUCUGGGGACAUCGUGGCGAUGGACUGGGAAGUGUCACCUCCUUAAAUUGUGCCUUAGAAAACACAAAGCUGUUGCACACCGUCAGCGAUGACUUACGGAUGCAAUAUAUCCAAAACCCUGAAGUCCUUCAUGGGCUUCACAUGGGGAAUAAUUUUUAAAAAACUGAAAAUCAGAAAAAUGCUUUGGGAGUACUAGAGUGAAGCCCAAUAUUUUGAUUAACAUGAUUUGUGGCAUGAUUUACUGUAAGCAGGUUUUGGUAACCAGCAUGGUUACCCUUUGCAUGUGGUCAAUGUAAUGAUUUCCUGCAGAUAAUGCAUAACAUGAAAAAGCAAAAAGCAGAUUUUAUACACUGCUUUGUUCAUCUGCGCAGUUCCAUGUGCUGCAUUAAGGGUAUGUGAACAUACACAGUGCCUGGGCCUAAGUUUUGAAGAAGACCUUUAGUGCAUGCGUGUGUGUCUGUUUGGUCCCAGACACAGCUUCCCCCUGUGCUGUAGUGUAGGUGUGCAGGAGAGCUGGCGUCACAGAUGGGGUGUGCUUAUCCUGAACCUUGUGAGGAGAGCCCCAGAUGUCUGGAGCAUGCAUGGGACUGAAAUGCAUGAGCAGGGAUUGGGCACAGCAUCUCUGGGCUGCUCAGCUUAUCCCAUGUCUGUCCACAGUGUCAGAUGUGCAUGCUGUAGUGAAUAUGAUUGUAUGUAAAGCAAAAAGAAGCAGCAGAGUCCUCAGGCUUCAGAUUUCCCCUUAGUGAGCAUCUGUUCACCAGCACAGAAUAGUUUUCAACAGUUUUCUAAAUCAUACAUACCAACAGCUUACAUUUGAUUUGUAUUUCCUUUGGAGUCUUGCACGGCAAAUUCAUUCAGGCUAAUUUCUUUUGUUUUAUUUCCAUUCUUUCCUGUUUCAACCCAUGACUAUGAUACAUUUCUUAUCAGGAACUUUAAGCACAGAAAGAAAAUAACGCUUCACGACAUUUGAAUUACAAUGUAAAUGCAUUCAUUGCAAAAAGGAUUUAUUAUUGCUAAGCACGUACAAUGUAUGUAAUGGGUUCUAAAUGUUUCAAAACUUAUUUAGCCUCUCAUUACUCCAGAAAACCUGACUAGGUGUCAUAGCCCAUCUGUGUCCCACUGUCCCUCUCCCUGUGGUGUGUUUUCUUUGCUGUGUAGUGUUACUGACACCGCACAUCUGUAGUUUCCAAUCAGUGUCCCAAAGGUCAGUGCACCGGAGGGGACCAUCCCUAUGUGCGUGUCCAGUCAGGGCAGGGAUUGCUGUCCUUGCUGUGCUGAUAUUGAAUACCAUUUACACUAAUCUUUCCUUCUUUUUAUUUAUUCUAAAAUGCCUCUGGAAAUUGGGAAAACUUGUCUAAAAUGCAACAGCUUUUAUA